UGCUCCCUGUGGUUUAGGCAGAGGAUCUCACUCCAUGGCAUUCCUAUCUACCCACAAAGAAAUUAAUGAUUAACGAUAACAGCUCUGCUUACUUAGAAAACUAAAAUACCCUAAAGUCAAGUAAAUCACAGUGUCUUGCGAAAGCUCCUUGCUGAUUCACCCUCCUGCUUCAGCCUAGCCCUGGAAGCUUCCUUCUGCCAGGCAAAACCUUCGUGAGAGGAGAGCGAAGAUGAAAGCCUGCAUUGCUUUCACUCUUGUCCUGGCUCUGGCUCUGAGUGGUGACUGUUUGAGGAUGCACUACAAAUCUGGGGCAGGAAGAGGCUCAAAACAUGAGUUCACUCACCCACAAGUGUUUACAGAGGAUGGAGAUUUAUGCAAAUUUCCUUUCCGGUAUGGCGGAAGGCUUUACCACUCUUGUUUAUCAAAUAUAUUUUCCCGAAAGAAAUGGUGUUCAACAACGCAUAACUACGACCGCGACAGGAAAUGGGGGUACUGCAAAUUGUUGUCCAAAGAACAGUCAGAUUACUGCGCAAACAGCCCUUGCCAAAAUGGAGGGACCUGUUUUCUCGCUCACGGCCAUAGGAUGUACCACUGUGCCUGUUCGGAGGAAUUCACGGGAAGGGACUGCCAGAUGAGGAAAUGUUUUGACAACAGUCUCUAUGAGUACUUUGAUGUGGGCAUGACCUGGUCAAGAGUCCAACAAGGAGCUGUGGAGCAGUGCAUGUGUGUGGAUGGCCAGAUUGAGUGCCAGAGUAUCAAACAUGAACGUUGUGUUCAUGAUCCUUGCAUGAAUGGUGGAGAAUGUAAAAUGAUUACCUUCAGUAGGGAAAUUGUAUGUGAUUGCAAAAGAAAUUUUGUAGGAAAGUAUUGCAAUAUUGCUCCUUUCCAAGUGUGCUAUCGUGGCAAUGGCACAGGGUACAGAGGCAUCAACAACAUGACUGUUUCUGGACACAGCUGCUUACCCUGGAAUUCAGACUUACUCUACCAAGAGCUUCACAUCAACGGUGUUGAGGAAGCAGUACAGCUAGGGUUGGGGCCCUUCUCUUACUGCAGAAAUCCAGAUGAAGAUGAGAAGCCAUGGUGUUACAUCAUGAAGGACAACAGUUUGUCUUGGGAUUAUUGUAAAAUUCCAUCUUGUGAAAGCAGGGAAAGGAGGCCACCAGUUCCAGACCAGAUUGAUACUUUUGCAGUUGCCAGAAGACCAUGUGGAAGAAGACACAAAAAAAGAAGUUUUGUGAGACCUAGGAUUGUUGGUGGUUCUUCAUCUUUGCCUGGAUCUCAUCCCUGGACAGCAGCUAUAUAUAUUGGAGGGAGCUUCUGUGGUGGAACCCUUAUUCAGACGUGCUGGGUUGUGUCAGCAGCACACUGCUUUGCUAACAGUCCUCUAAAAUCCACUAUUACAGUAGUUCUGGGUCAGCAUAUAUUUAAUAGAACAACUGAUGUAACACAAACAUUUGAAAUAGAGAAAUACGUCUUGCAUCCUCAGUAUUCUGUGUUCAGCCCUACGGAACAUGAUAUUGCUUUGAUUAAGCUGAAGAAGAAUGGCCAGCGUUGUGCUGUCAAGUCUCAGUUUGUUCAGCCCAUCUGCCUGCCGGACAGUGACACCGUUUUCCCCGAACAGUUCAAAUGUCAGAUUUCUGGAUGGGGACACAAGCACGAGAAUAUUUCUGGUUACUCGGAUGUCCUGCAAGAAACACUGAUUCCAAUUAUUUCUGAGGAGAAGUGCAGAAGCCCUGAAAUUUAUGGAACAGAAAUAAGUGAAAAUAUGUUCUGUGCUGGCUACUUUGACAGCAAAUCUGAUGCUUGUCAGGGAGAUUCUGGUGGACCUUUGGCCUGCGAGAAAAAUGAAAUCUCUUACCUUUACGGAGUUAUCAGUUGGGGAGAUGGCUGUGGCAGAGUCAACAAACCUGGAGUGUAUACACGAGUGACAAACUAUGUAAACUGGAUUAAUGAGAAAAUAUCCCCCCGAAAAACAAGUUGAACAUUUUAAAUGUGAUACCAUUUCAAGCAUGGUCCUGGAGUCUUUUGGUUUCAUUAAAAUGGCAUAAAUAUUUUAUUAUAAGCUAGUAUGAAAACUCUUCUGAUAAUUCUUAGAAAUUCCAAAGCAGACCACCUAACACAGACCUAAUCCCUCUGAUAGCAGCAACUUUGAGCUGCAGUUUUAGGGCAGUGGAUAGCUCAGCAUACAAGACUGUCUUUAUUUGGCUUAAUAAAACAAACAUGUCAAGACAGAGUGUACAGUUCACUGUAGACAGAGUGAAAUCUACAACUGUUUAUCUGCUUGGUGGAUUACAUGGAAAGAGUUAUUUGGAAGUUUCUGGUGGAGCUGUUGUCCCCCCAACCAAUCUGUCUUUGUAUUCUCAGAUGAUUUAGCAAAAUAAAAAGGAGGAGCACCAAAAAAUAAAUUCCCUUUCCUUCAGUUGAAGCGCAGGUUGAGAGACACCAGCAGAGCAAUGUAGGUGAAGCUGCUCCUCAGCUAGCUACAGCAAACGAGCUCUGGGCAGAAAACAGAGGAUUUAGAUUUUGAUUCAACAAAAUAUGUAAGCACAUUUCUAUGUUCUGCUGACAUAGGCAUUAGUAACAUGCUUCAGAGCUCUGCUGAGUCUGCUGUGCAAUUUUCCAUCAAAGUUUAAUGCAACAACUGCUGAAAGCACAAGUUUUUUGCUGAAAAGUGUUAGAAGUCAGUGCACCUGAUUGCCUGCCAACACAUUAGGGCCUUUUGCAGACCAUCAGCUGCUCCUCACCCCAAGGAUAGCACUGGAAAUACUUCAUCUUGGGUGAUAAAUAAACAUUUCUUAAAUUUGACAGUGUUUUGGAGAUGUCUUAGGUUUUGUACUAACAAGUUAUUUAACUGUUCAGAUAAUUCAGGAGGGUUCUGUUAGCAGAUUUUUAAACUGCCUGGCUGGGGGAGCUGCUUGUAUUUUCCUUGUGAGGUUGGUGAUAAUCAUAAAGCCCAUGUGCUGCUGACAUGGUCUAUGGAAUUAUUAUAAGAACAAUUAAAUUAUUACAAUAUACAACUGUUUAGGGGCUGUAUAGCCAGCUGUGUUAGCAAGAAGGCAAGAAAAUGAUAGAGCAUAAAUAAGUCUAAUCUCGUAAAGAAGAAUAGAAAAUUACAAUUUAAUACAGAGAUCUUUAGCCAUGUCAGAUAUAUACAUUUGGAAGUAAUGAUGUAAAUGCUUUUCUUCUCUGAUAGCAAAUAUUUUCAAAUUCUCUUAAGUGUUUCAAACAAAGCUAUUCUUUAAAAAUGUAGAAAUGUAAAGUGGUGCUUGGAUACUCAGAUGUGUGUUUUAUUUUAUAAUACUGGUGGUGUCUUCAUGGGUUUAUUAGUGAAUGAUUUCUGCAGUUAAAACAAACUUUGAAAGGAAAAAUAACCAAAAUCUGAUUUCAGGUAAGUACAGAGAUAUAACAAUGCUAAUCUGGAUAAAUGAUAUAAACUAAUAAAUAAAAAUGUUUACCCUCUGUU